AUGGAUUCUGGAUCUGGAUCGCUGCGUCAGAGGUCUGCAGCGCGGAUCACCGCACUGAGAGGCCAACUCGUUUCGGGAACAGUGCCGAGUCGGAAUGAUAUUCAAACGUCUGACCCUACGACAUCGAACCAAACUCAGAAUCCGGACAAAGAUGGGUACCCGGCAAAGGUCCCCAUUACUUAUUAUCCACUCGAAACCCAGAAGGUUUAUAUCUACAAUGAGAACCGAAUGAAGAGCAAGCUAUACGGUAAAUACUGUAAUCGGGAUCUUUACGUUUACGCCGACAUUCCACAGUACAUCCGCCAGCCCAUUCCAGCCGAAGGCGUCCUGCCGAUCACAGAGUCGCGUCGGCUGCUGGAACCCGGUACCCAUACGCACGAGAAUGGAUGGCGAUCCCUCCCCGAUGGGACCGCGUACGUCACAUCACGGACUCGUUUCCCUGGAACGACUGGAGACAUGGUCCGCUGGUGGUUCUGGUGGCACAGCGUCGAGCCCGAGCGCUACGCCCUGUGGUUCCCGUACGACCACCUGAGUGCGCGGUCGACGUACGCGGACCGCCUGCAUCGCACCGACCUCUCUCACACGCAAAAGUGGCUCGGAUCCACGCAUCGUGUAACGGAGUUCAUCGGCUCCACCAAGAUGACCGUGAACAUCCACUUUGUCGACCCGGCUCAGUACGGUCUGCCCUGGGAGGAGCUCAAGGCGGCAGGCUACGAGGCCGCCGUCUGCGCGGAAUUGAGGGAUGGCCUUGUUUCGAACCUCAAAAUUGGAGACUUCUUGCAUCUAUUUCGAAAGACAGAAGAUGGGCUUGAGCUACGAAGUCGUUAUUGGCUCGGUGGGGGCAUUCAUUACAAGGUCCUCGGCAUGAAGGUUGGCAUCGACUAUCUUGCUGGCGCGCUGGGUUUCAAGCACCGCAUGGCUGGGGACAAUAUCGCCUAUGAGCAUUUCAUUCAUGAUCAGACUGAGUUUACGAAUUUGGCCUCGUUUCUGCCGGAUUUAUACGCAGAUUAUAUGGCUGGGAAGCUCUGA